AUGUCGGCUACCACCACCACCACCACCACGACUGCUAAUCGCGAGGUCCUCCUCGACGCCGGCAUGCCCAACGUAGAAGCCAUGUCGCUCGACAACUACACAUUUCCCAAGGAGCGCCUAAAAAAGACGCUGGCCAACCCCAACAAGCAGCCCCUCGUGCUCGUGUCGUGUGGCUCCUUCUCGCCCCCCACGAAUCUCCACCUGCGCAUGUUCGAGGAGGCGGCCGACUACUGCGAGUUCGAGACCGACUAUGAAGUGGUGGGUGGCUUCUUCAGUCCUGUCGGCGAUGCGUACAAAAAGGCCGGACUGGCCUCUGCCCAGCACCGCAUCAACAUGACGAGGAUCGCUGUCGCCGACAGUUCAACCUGGAUUGGUGUCGACCCAUGGGAGCCGCUGCACAAGGAAUACCUCCCUACCGUCAAGGUGCUCGACCACUUUGACUACGAGCUGAACGAAGUCAUGGGAGGCAUUGAGGCGGCAAAUGGCGAGAAGCGCCGCAUCCACGUUGCGCUGCUAGCCGGCGCCGACCUGAUCCAGACCAUGAGCACACCUGGACUGUGGGCUCGUGAGGAUCUGAGCAGGAUCUUGGGCCACUACGGCGCCUUUAUCCUCGAACGCAGCGGCACUGAUAUCGAUGACGCCCUCGUGCAGCUGCAACAGUGGAGGCACAACAUCCGCGUUAUUCCGCAACUCAUCCAGAACGACGUGUCGUCGACCAAGAUUCGCCUCUUCCGCAAGCGAGGCAAGAGCAUCCGCUACUACAUUCCCGACAAGGUGGUCGACUACAUCUACGAGCACGGCCUCUACAGCGACGACGAGAAGAAGGCGGCCGACAAGGGCAAGGCGGCCGUGUCUUGUGAUGGCGCCAGUUCUUCCCAAGGCGUAGCUGCAUCUUGA